GGAGCUGGCUGCUGGGAAAUCGAGUCGCUGAGUCGCAUUUCUUCACUGCAGAGUGUUUUGGUUUUGAGUUUUUGUGCUAUACUUGAAUGUAAUUACUGUAAUAAUUUUAGAUAUGCAAUGGUUGAAUUAGUUGAUAAAUUAAUAUGCAUUUAGUCAGAAAAUGAACAUGAAUAACAAAAGGAUUCUUUCAGGCUACGAAAUAGUGGCCAAGGGAGCAACAAAAACAGAGGCCACUCUUCCAGAGUUGGGCAUAAAAGAAGUGUUUCCAAAUAAAAGUUGGCUGGAAGAUAAACAAAUCCAAGCGGCGAUUGAGGCUAGAAAACAUCUAAUUGAAGUUGAACGCAUUGAUAAAAGUGGAGCGUUGAGCCAUGCAGUAUGGAGAGAAGAGCUAAUGUUGGCAGAAGUGAUGCAGAAUGUGGGAAGUUGCUGGCAAUACUUGGGUCACAAUGCAGAGAAGAAAUUAUUUCUCAAACCUGAGGAAGCUCUGUUUUUAUUGGAAAGUAACUGCCUAUGUCUCAAACAUAAUGAUGUGAAAGUAUCACUGCAGCAAGCCUACACUUUGUUACUUAGGGAUAAAAUCACACUUCUUCAGUACAAAGUAUACGCAUCCCUUAGCCGCGUAGGAUAUCGCGUUUACAGACAUACUACACCAGAAACCAGUACUUCUGCACAGAAAAUUGAUACUCAGAAAAUAGAAGAUGGUGUCAAAAGUGCAAAUAAAGAAGAAGUUGGGGACACAGCAUCAGAAAACAAAAAUAAUGAUGAAAACCAAGAACAUGGUAAAAAUAUUAGCAACUUGAGCGCUACAGAAGAAUUACAAGAAGAUUGUAUGGAAAUGAAACAAGAGAUAAUAAAUCAAGAUUCAACAAGUAGCAUACCAAUAAUGCAUGAAGAACUUAAGAAUAAAAUAAAACACAAAAAAUUGUGUGGUCUUGAAAGGCUGCGAAAAUUAAAAAAUAGACAAUUAAAACCAUGUAAUAUCCAGAUUAUACAUAAAUAUUUUGAAAGUGUACCAGAACUUUUAGAAAAGAAUAUAGUCACUGUUAAAGCGCCAGAUAAGCAAUUAUUACCAAAUACUAUUAAUUUAACCAAACCAGUGUAUAAAGUAAAUCUUCUUAACAUACAAAAAAAAGAAAGAAGUGUGAGACCAUCUUCAAAUGAAUCGAAUAUUUACAGUGUUAAUGAUGAAGUUAAUGGCAGCCAUAUAAGGAGGCUAAGAAGUACAAGUAAUAGAACAGAAUCGAAUACUACAAAUACUGGAUUUGCCUCAAAUGCAUGGACGCAUAGUACAAACACAGGAUUUGCAACCCAAAAUCCACAAUAUAGACCAUUUGUUUAUUGGAGACCCCGUCAGCCAUUCAAUUAUUACAACUUCAAUAUGUUAUUUCAGAGACCUUUCUUACCCAGUUGGCACUUUGCUCCCAACUUCUACUUCUACCCUAGAGCUCAACCAAAUUUUUGGCGGCAAAAUUUUUAUAAUACCAACAGAAAUAAUAACACAAAAAGAACGAGAAAAAAUGCCAAAAAGCAGCAUUUAGAUGGAAUAUUAAAGUUAGCUGCUAGAUUAAAACAGCUCAUAAUAAAUGGGAAUACACAUGAGCAAAAUAUUUAUUCACUACAAAGACUAAUACAAACAUACAAUACAAGAUACAAAACUAAAGUGAGACUCAAUGAGAGAUUUGAUAUUGUGGUAGAUGAAACAAUUGUAGAUACAAUAACACUGGAUGACGAUGAUGAAGGACCUAGUUCCAAGAGACGUAAACCCGAUCCUUUAUUUGAAGAGAAUCUAAAUAAUCUUAAACUGUUUGGUUUGCGUCUAAAAGACCUAGAAUAUAACGACAAAUCGUCAGGAAAACAUCGAAGAGCGUUUUCUAAACUCCUCAAAACAUUUAAUGAAUCUUAUAAUGAAGAUUACUAUUUGAAUGAGGAUUAUGAACUUGCGUGUCGUAAUCAAAUCGAUCUUGACUCUUCAAAUUCAGAUUUAGAUUGUGUCAUAGAAGAAAUUCCUACAGUUAGUGGGAAAAAACUAAAAAAUCCUUUCAAUAUAUUGAAGCGAUUAUCUGAGAUGCAAAAAACUCCACCGAUUGAGGUAACUCCAAAGAGUAAUGAAAAUACAGUAACAGUAGCAAAUAACAAAUACAGUAAAGUAAUUUUAAAUACUUUUACUAGAAGUUGGUUACCAGGAGAAGAUGACUUUGGUAGAGCAGAAAUCAUAAGCAAUGAUGCCUGCUGCAGUGAUGUAACAGAUAUAAGAAGGGAAGAAUUUCUAUAUGAUUUUAUAAAGAUCCAAACAUGCAAAUUCGAUAACUGGUUAGAUCUUAAGAAGUCUUUCUUUAGUAGUAUUCAAGCAGCGAUUGUAGAAUUUCAAAAUAAUAUGCCAAAUAAGAACAAAAUGGGAAUAAAUUCCAUAGUGAAGCCUGGAGACUGUGCUGAUAUGGCGUCCGUUUUAAAGAAAUUAAGUAUAAUAAAGACUGAUAAAGCAAUAUCGGACGAAUGCAAUCUUGCCAUAGACUUCGAUGUUUACAAUAGAAACGUACAAAAUUUCAAAAAAUCGAAUCGACCUACGCCGCACUUCCGAAUAAUAUGCAUCGAUGAGUCAAUAAAGUUACCACCUGGGAACGAAAUCGCAGCUCUCCAUUCUAAAUACGGCGAUCAAGUGACCAUAGUGUUUGCUGUUGUAGGCACAGACUCCAUUUCAUAUGUUCAAGUUAACCCAACCGUUUUACCAGUGUACAUAUCUAAUAAUACUUAAACCUGCUUCAAUCUAAAUAUACAAAA